AUGACCGACUCGUUCGCCCCGCGCUCUAUGAAGCGCAAGAACGUCAAGGGUCUAGCACUCGCCGCCCCAAAGGUCGCCGCACCCUCGGUCAAUAGCAAUAACAACGGUCAACAGCCGGGUUGGGGUGCUGGUGGCUCGAGAGCGGACGACGGAGGGAACGAGGCGCAGUUGGAGAUCGGAAUAGAGUUCAAUCUCGACCUGCGACAAGAGGACCUGGAGAUCGUAAAGGACCUGGGAGCUGGAAAUGGAGGCACCGUCAGUAAGGUCAAGCACCUGCCGACUGGAACUAUGAUGGCUCGCAAG